AUGGCGCCCUUCAUUUUCUUUCAGUGUGUUUUUACUUUGAUGAUCAGUAUCACGGCCGCCGCCCUGCAGCCACCGCUGGCACCGGCGCUGUAUGUGUUUGGAGAUUCGUUGCUUGACAGUGGCAACAACAAUCUUUUGCCAACUAUUGCUAGGGCAAAUUUUUUACCUUAUGGUGCCAACUUUCCCAAGGGAAACACUGGCAGAUUCACCAAUGGCAAAACGGUCGCGGAUUUUGUUGCUGAAUUUCUGGGGCUACAGUAUUCUCCACCAUAUCUGAGCUUAAAAAAUUUUAAAAGCUCCAUACCAGUUACGGGAUUGAAUUAUGCAUCUGGCGGAUGCGGCAUCCUCCCUGAAACUGGACGCCCAUAUGGGAAAUGCUUGCAUUUGGAGGAACAGUUUGAUUUAUUCGAAAAGACUGUGAAGUCAGAGCUACCAAGCCACUUCAACAACAACCCAGAAAAGCUUUCAGAUUAUUUAUCGAAGUCUGUCGUCGUAAUCUCCAUUGGCAGUAACGAUUACUUAAAUAAUUAUCUUGAAACCAUUUUCUUCAAGACAAGCCAACGUUUUCCUCCUGAGCCAUUUGCUCAACUCCUCGUAGAUUCACUCUCUCGCCAGCUUGAGAGGCUGUACAAUAUUGGAGCUAGAAAGGUCAUAAUGUUCGAGAUCGGUCCAAUCGGCUGCAUCCCUUCCGUCACAAGAAAAUAUGAACACAAUGGCCAACAAUGCGUUGAAGACAAGAACCAGCUUGUUACUCAUUUUAACAACAGGCUUCCUUCAAUGCUUACGAAUUUGACAUCAACUCUCACUGGCUCCACCUUCGUUCUCGGCCAUGCUCACUGGCUAAGCUAUGACGCAGCCAUAAACCCAUCCAGCUACGGCAUAGCAGAUUCAACGAAUCCAUGUUGCAAAGCGUGGUUGAAUGGGACGUCGGGAUGCAUUCCAUUGUUGAAGCCAUGCCGAAAUGUGGAUAAUAACUACUUCUGGGAUGGUUAUCAUCUUACGGAAGCCAUGUAUUCUGUCAUAGCUGCUCGUUGUAUAGAAGAUAAAUCAGUUUGCAUUCCUCUCAACUUAAAGGAACUCGUUAAUGUAUGA